AUGAAUAAUUCGGCUGCUAAAGUAGGUGAAAUAUUCAGGGAGGCGGGCUCUGCGUUCAACAAGCUCUCCGAGAUGACCAUGCUCCUGCACCCCAUGGGAGACUCGCAACCAGGUGGCAAAUGGACGGACGAGGAGAUCGAAAUGCUGAGGUCCUGCGUGCACCGUUUCGCGGUGGACCUGAACAAGCUCAGCCAGCACAUUAAGAGCAGGACUGUCUCCCAAAUCCGGGCGACGCUAAAGAAGAAGGCGUUUGAGGACGCAGGUAUACCGGUGAGGCAGGUGACGCUCAAUAUGCUGAACGCCACAGAGAACGAGGUGGACGUGGAGGGCCUCACUCACGAUGUCAAGCUGGAGUUUGACGGUAGCGACGAGGUGACUGCC